AUGAUGAAACCUUUCAUCUACAGCAAAGAAGUGACAGCAGAAGGAACCAAGAAACCUAUCUCUCAGGCAGAAGAAGUGCUAAACUGGCAAACAAAAAAUGCUUUAGCCCAGAAUAGCCUACUACAAAAGAUUGAAAGAAAAAUGGAUAAAAUUGAAUUGUCCAUAGAGAAAGAGAUCGGAGGCAUGAAUUCCAGGCUACAAAAGCACUAUGCAGAAUUGAAGGAGAAGAUGGAAAGACUUGAAGAGGAGACAAGAAAAAUUAAAGAAACAAGGAGAUUCAACAACCUGCUCAUUGAAAAAGAAAGAGAGUUACAAAAAACCAGAGAGCAGUAUGAAGAACUUGUCCAUUAUGUAGAAGAGAAAAAGAAGAUUCCCAUCUUCGAAGAUGAACCUUACUAUGUAAGGCCAUCAAAAGUAUUUCCAACAAUUUCAAGACAAUCUCUUAAACCAACUCCACUUUUUCCCCCAAAAGACUCUCCACAAAGACACAGAGAUUGGUUUAAAGAAAAAAGAAAAGAGAAAGAAUCUGAAGAAGAAAUUUCUCCUGAGCCUACACCUGAACCUUCUCCUAAGAAAACAGAAGUCUCUUCUGAUGAAAAGAUUUUCCAAGAUGCCGAAGACCCUUAUUCUCAAUACACAAUCCACCAUAUCAGUUCAGAUGAUUCAAUUCCUUCUUCUGAUGAAGAAUCAGUGGAAUCUUUUGAAGAAAACACUGAAACAGAAGAAGCAGAAUUGUAUUUGUCUGCUUUCUUGGAUAUUGACAAGUGGCAUCACUCUUUCUUCUUGAUCAUGGAAAGGUCCAGAGUCUCCAUCUGUUCAUAUGAUUCUGGAUGUGCAAAAUAUGGCCUGUGA